CCUCCGGACCGACAGGGGGCAGCACUCGGCGUUGUGUCCGCAAACGUAACGAACGAAGCUGUUUACAAGCAGAGGAAGAGAGACAGGGCUACGUUAGCUUAACAGAGUUCAGAAUUUUACAGAGAUAAAUAUCUCAUUUUUUGGACUAUGUUAAUGUCGUCAUCUGGAUAAUGUUUUAAAGCGGCUCAGGUAACACCACAGUAUCACAUAGCCGAGGUUAUAUUGAGAAGUGACUGAAAGUUAAUGCUUAAUCCAACCGACUCUGAUGCUACGUCUCUUUCCUAGCUAACACUUAGCCAAGCCUUAUGUUUGUUUACAGAAGCUAGAUGUCUGUUUUAGAGAAGUGAACGCACUGUAAAUGUUCUCUUUUAAUGUCAUUUGAGAAAUUAAGAAUCAGAAUUACUAAUAGCCUCUUGAAUUAUCACAGGUAGGCACAUAGAUUAGCUCAUUGGUUUGCCAAUAAUGUACUAAACAUGAGCUAAAAUAAAAAUAAUUCAGACUGAAAAAAGCUGCAGCUACAGUGAUUCAUUAUGGCUGCAUUGGGCUUUACUCGUGCAAGUGGGCAAGAUGUUUUCAGUAUUGAAUCAAGCGAACCAUCCAGCUCUAAACAGCACAGUUUACUCAGUGGGGAAGAGGUGAAGCAGUUCUACGAUGUAAUUAAAGAUGAUAAAGAUGCAUCGAGGAGUGCAAGCAGCAAGAAAGGACCUCGCAGAAAGCAUCAGAGGAGGAGAGUCAGGGCUGCAGAGUUGCAGCAGCAUCAAACUGACUCUGAGGUUCAAAGAGGGAAUAAUGGUGAGAGUGAAGGAAGCCAAAGAAGAGAUUCAGCCAUCUCAGAAAGGUCCAUGGAGCUCCUGGGGCUCAGGCUGCUGCGCUGUGCCCAAGAGGGGGACAUCUCAAGCCUCAAAGAUCUGCUCUCAAAGGGAGUCGACAUCAACUUCCAGGAUCCUUUCUUCUGGACAGCAGUGAUGUGUGCAAGCUGGUCAGGUCAAACAGCUGCAGUGAGGCUGCUGAUACAACACGGAGCCGCUUGGGUCGGAGUGGUUGACACUCAGGGAAGGGAUGCUAAAGAUCUGGCACUGGAAGCGGGCCGCAGCGAGGUGUUGGAGGAGCUGGAGAGCUUUGGGAGAAGAACAGAGAGAGAAACACAACCUGAUAGAAGUGCCUCUCAGUCCCAGUGGUGCACCGUGUGUUGUAGCGAGUACAACAGCAGUCUGUCAUCACACCUCUCCUCCACUCUGCAUCAGUUCAGUCUACGGCGUCCCUCACCCACCCCCUACUACUGCCUUCCCCCGUCCAGCAACAGCUACAAGAUGAUGGUUCGGAGCGGCUGGAAACCGGGGACGGGGCUGGGGCCUGAGGGAGAGGGGACCCAACGACCUGUGCCGACUGUGCUUAAAAGAGACCAGCAAGGCCUCGGGUUUGGAGACACAAAAAGAGCUAAGAUUACACACUUUCAAGCCAGGGAUCGUGAUGCUGUGAAAGCAAAAUGCAGGAGGAGGGAGCGAGAAGGAGGGAAAGGACAGAGGAAGGAAGAAAGGAGGAAGAAGGAGCAACAAGAUAAAAACUGGGAGAGAGACUUUCGUGCUUCUUUUUAUACUUUAGAUUAGUUUGAGGAAUAUAGCUGAAAAAAAUUCAAUGUAUUCAGUAAAAAUUAAAGAGAUUUCUUAUGAAGACA